AUGCGCUUGAAUGAGCUUCUGGAGCAAUACGGGCUUCAGAACCUUGAAAACUUAUCUCCAGGAUCUUUUACUGAUCUCCUAGACACAUACUGUCGCGAGUUAAAUGGAUCCGCUGGUAAUGCCAUAGAUGUCCUAGAGGAGCAAGAAGAGCUUCCUAAGGCGAUCGUUGUAUGCAUAAGGAAAGCGACAUCCCUUCUUCUAGAUUCCAGUCAUAACCUAGCUGUCUGUCCUUCAUUUUGCAAGUUUUGCUCCCUUCUCUUUACCUUACUCUCUGAAUUAUCCAACAAGAAGCUUUUGUCUCAAUAUUCUAUGCUUCUCCUUCAAUCGUUGGCCAAAAUUGCGCACUCUUUGUCAUCCAGUAGCUCCUUCAGUUCACUCUUUUCUGCUUCACCCUCAUCUCGACGUUCACUUUACACCAAGGACACGUAUCUUGCAAGCCUUUCUACGUCCAGUACACUCCUUAUCAGUCUCAUUUCUUCGGGGACGGAGUUGGCCACAAUUACCUUACUUUCUAACUCCAACAGGUCGGACGGACGAGUUGCUAAUUACAUACAGCUUUUAGAAUUUAUAGCUACACACGGACCCUUGCUAUACUUUAUUGGAUGUGCAGAUUUAGAUGACGUACAAACUGAACACGUACAGGUACAGAUGCUUGCAAUGGUAGAAAAGAUUAUACCGUCUUCUAUCUUACACAUAUUGACACAUAGAGCUAGUUGUCUGAAGGUCAACACAUCAGAUGCCCCGGCAUCCUCCGAAUUGAAGCGCCUACUUGCAGGGAUAAAGCAGUACAUGUUCUCUAUGUAUGCUCUCAGCAUAUAUGCCCAAGGCCACGAAGCUAAGCAGGAUGCAGAGGGUAGUGAGUCAUAUAGUGAGGACUCUGAUCAAAGACUCGAUAUAAAUAAUCAAGACAGCACCACGAGUUAUUGGCUGUCAGAUAUCGAUGCAAACUUUUCUCUAGAUGAAAUGAGCUUUCUUAGAUUAUACGCCAGCACUGGACUGAGCUCUUUGAACAAAGCACUCGUCCUUUUCAUUACUUCCACACUACGAAAGACCUCUAUGGAUAGCAUGAAGGAGUGGCUUGGUGAACUGUACUCGUUUAUCCCUCCAUCUGGAAGGCAAAUUACUGCGUUAGCUAUUCUUUUGAUCGAAAGGUUAUUCUCUAGAGGCUUGAAAAGCUAUGCACCCCUCUCUGGCUUCUUAUUAGAUCUGUCUGAGGUGUAUUUCAUGAUGACUGAUAUGGGCGUAUCUGUGCGCAUCAUAGAUAUCUUUGUAGAGAUUCAAGCAAGCGGGCCAAUAGGCAGGGAAUAUGUCAGCACCGUUCUUUACCGUAAUUUGCUUCGAAAUAGAUUAUCUGCAACAUCACUACGCAGAAGGCAGGCCAUAUACCUUCUCCAAGAGUUAUUUCCAGUUUCCGAAGAGGCAGAGCUGAUAUCUCUGGACAUCGACUCCUUAAUUUCUGCACUUGGAGACAGUGACACAACGGUUCGGGAGGCCGCUAUGGCAUGUUCUAUUGCCAUUCUAUCCAAAUACUACGACUGUAUGCCGUUUGCAGGGCGAUCUAAGCUUCUUUCCAAUCUUCUUGAGAGCACUUUCGAUAUCUCAUCUACUAUUCGAUCCUUGGCCAUCAACGGGCUUGUAGAGCUGCACAAAGUGCCCUCUCUUCGUGCAGAUAUUAGCUCGUUUGCUUAUAAUAACCGAGAAAAGCUUUCUCUUCUGCUGCUGGACAGUACACAAAGUGGCGAAUCGAAUAUCAAAGCAUCUGUUCAGCACGCAUACAUACGGUUCAUUUGCAGCAUUGCGCACGAUGCUGCGCUCCUCUCCACCUCUGAGACCUCUUCUGGCACAUCACAAUACAAAGUACUGACUACGAGUAUGCGACUAUUUUAUUGCACUAUCUACUCGCAACUGUUUAGUGGAAAUCUUGCCAUUUUAAAUAACAUCUUUCCGACGCCAAUACAAACGCUACUAGAUGCCCGAGAAGAAAGCAGCACGAGCAAGGAAGGGGCAGAUUCAUCUGGAGGCGAAGUCUUCUUGUCGUUUUUGCGAAAUAUAAUUGUUUCGAUGGGAUACCUUUCAGGUCCUUUAGUCGAAGCUGUGGUAAAGUAUCUCAGUGACGAUAUAGACUCCAUGAAACAGCCAGAAACACGGUUGCUGGGACAUGCUGCUGUGCUGAAACUACUUCUAUCUCUAGCCUGCUAUCUUUACGAAAUUAUAACUGUGUCUAUGGAGAACGAAGAGGUUAUACGGUAUGUGACAUAUGAGCGUGAUCAUGAGUAUGAUACUGGUCAAAUAGAGACAAAGUCUAUCGAAUCCACUAUGGAAUUCUGCAAUCCUUUGUCAAUGCUCUUACGACUAAUACCAGAAGUCUAUAGCCAUGUCUCGUUGGAACAGACCAACGUCUCUAAGUCUGAACUGCGAGCAAGGCGCCGGAGUAUGGCCCCGCUGGUUGGUGACCUCACCAGAGAGUGGUGCUCUGGCUGUAGUGUUAAGUUGCUAGCUUUUUUAAAAGAAAUAUGUUACACAGGCACGGAUUCUAAAGCCUCUAUGCAUGCAAUGGUGUUAGCCUUCCAUUUAGAAAAGGUAGUCAUGCAGUUAGAUUCUGAGCUCCGUGAUAAUGAGCAUACAGAGGGCCCUCCAUUUAAAGAAUCUUAUAGCACUGAGUUCUCCAAUGCUGCUGUUUCUUUCGCUCGGUCCAUUGGCCAAUCGUACUUGAUAGAGCCGGCAACUUGGUACCUUGAAUGCUUGUGCCACACCCACGACUGUGCUUUUAUAAACGCUGAAUGUGUGGAUGUCAUAGACCUUUCUAUACUCAUUGCAGAGCGAACGGACUAUGAAGUUGAUGAAUCUUUGUUAGGGCUCUCUGGCGCCACAAACUACAAAAGGAUCAUAAUGCGAUAUUAUAGCAAGGAUUAUAGCAAGAGCUUCAUAGGUGCUAACAAUGCUCUCGAUGUUGUCAAGGAGACGAUAGUGGAGAUGGCUCAGUUGCUGGUUAGUGUCUACUCAUGGAAAACGAACAAGACAGAGAACGACAAUCACAAGUACAUGGAGCGAUUGAUACUAGCGUGCUGUUGCAAAGCAUGGUCACUGCUAUGCUACUUGUACACACAUUGGUUGCUUAGUGACGAUGAUGUCCUGCCACGGGAGCUUGAAGACAUGUGGACAGCAGGUAUCAGUCUGGUAUUAUUUUUCUGCACUUAUCUAUUCAAGACUGUCUAUCGUAGCAGUCUGGGAGAUUCUGACAUAAUCAUCUCAGAUAGAUCUUAUAGCAUGCUGUCACUGUUAGCUGGGAUUGGAAUAGAUGCUAUGAUAAUAUCACUCUUGAUCAAUCUAAGCAUAUCGUAUAGCCCUUUGGCGACGCAGAUUAUUAUACAGUUUCAUAAUUACUUCAUGAAGAAUGAUGUUCGUAGCAGUUCUUUUACCUUAAGGGCAAUAUGUAUUAACAACGAGGGCGUGCUAGGGAAAGUAUUUAGUACUGAAGAGCUGGAAACAGGGCCGGGAGCCCUUAUGUCUCUGCUUUUACAAAAGUGCACUUCAAUCAUGCUUGAGCGAGCAAAAGCACAUGGCGCAGAGCGUCAGAGGUGUAUACUUUGUAUCGUCGAUAGGCUGAUCACUUCGAAAUCUCUUGAAGAUUUGAGCCUCCGCGACGCUAUUUUUACUUCAAUGGAGCCAGAUUCCAAAAAAGUCUAUUAUGACCUCCUCUUGCUAGCCAAGUGCUUAGAUCAUUAG